AUGGCAGCCUCAACCCCGCCUAACUGCACUGUUUACGUCAAAAAUCUCGAGGAGCACAUCAAGCUCGACACCCUCAAGGCCACCCUCCGCGAGGUCUUCGAGGAAUAUGGUACCAUUCUCGACAUCCGCGCUGCCAAGAACCUCAAGGCGAAGGGCCAGGCAUUCAUCGUCUUCGACAGCGUAGAGUCGGCUGCUCGCGCCAUCGAGGAACUGCAGGAAUUCGACCUCUUCGACAAGCCCAUGAAGCUGGACUACGCCCGCACACGUAGCGAUGCUAUUGUCAAGCGUGAAGGAAACGAGGAGGAGUUCGAGGCCCACAAGCGCCACCGCCUGGCUGAGAAAGAGAGGAAGCAGGCCCUCGAGGCCCAGGAGGCCCAGAAGAAGAUGAAGCGGCCUGCCGGUGCCCCCGCCGAGUCGAACCGUCCGGUUCAGAAGGCUCGCGGUGCCGGUCUCAAGUCUACUGGUGGCGCGGCCGCCGUCAUUCCCGACGAGUACCUCCCGCCGAACAAGAUUCUCUUCGUCCAGAACCUCCCCGAUGGAUACGAUGUCGAGGCUCUCUCAGCCAUCUUCGGUCGUUUCGAAGGUUUCAGAGAAGUCCGUGUGGUGCCUGGUCGCAGCGGUAUUGCCUUCGUUGAAUAUGAGGCCGAGGCUGGCGCUAUCAGUGCUAAGGAAGCCACUGCUGGAAUGGCGCUUGGUGAUGACAACCAGCCCAUGAAGGUCACGUACCAACGCCAGUAG